CUAUCCAUCAUAAUUAUUGUAAUCCCCAAAACCCUUUAUAAAACCAUUCCAUCUAAUGAAUAACCAUAAUACACAAAGACCUUUCACACAAAAAAAAAAAAAAAAAAAAAUUACAAAAAAGAACAAAAAAUCAUCAUGUCUUCCCUUUCUCACUCCAUUCUUCGCUUCUUGUUCUUGUUCAUGUUCUUCUCCAAUUUCCUCAUCAUUAAAUCUUCCAACAACACACUUUCCCUCUUAUACAAAACUUGCAAAACCAUCUCUGACCAAGACCCCAAUAUCUCCUUCAAUUUCUGCCUAACAUCUCUCGUACCCGCCGCGACCAAGCACGGCCACGGUGCCACCACUCUCCGCCGCCUCGGCCUCAUUACCAUCUACUUGAUUCGACGCAACGUGAGCAGCACGCGCCACCAUAUCAAGAACUUGCGAAGAAACAAAGAGCCCGGCGACCCGUUGGUUAAGUCGUGCUUGGCUGAUUGUUUGGAGCUUUAUUCCGAUGCGGCCCUGACGAUGAAGCAAGCGAGGAAGGAUUACAAGGCCAGGCGAUACGACGAUGCAAGCUCGAUGAUCAGCUCGGUUAUGGAUGAUUGUUCAACAUGUGAAGAUGGAUUUAAGGAAGAAGGGGUGAUUUCACCAUUGACUAAUAGGAAUCAUAAUGCCUUUGAAUUGUCGGCUAUUGCACUGUCCAUUAUUAAUAUGCUUGCUUGAGAAAUUCCAAAAAGAAAAAAAUAAAAUAAAAUAAAAACUGUUGAAAUAGAUCAUUUGAGUUAAAUUUACCUCUUAAAUUUUUGUUUUUUUUGAGAAUAUUACUUCUUAAUAAGAAAAGAUUUGAAUAGAGAUGUGGCAACCAA